UUACCGUUGCGUUGCGUGGAGCAGCGAGAGGAACGCGUGCAAUAUGAAAACGAUGACGGGAUCAAACGAAUUCAAACUGAAUCAAACUCCAGAUGAUGGUAUUUCAUCAGUAAAGUUUAGUCCAAAUACAUCUCAGUUUCUGCUUGUUUCAUCCUGGGACACAACCGUCCGGCUCUAUGAUGUUCCUGCCAACACCAUGAGACUCAAAUACCAGCAUUCAGGAGCUGUCCUUGACUGUGCUUUUUAUGAUCCUACCCACGCCUGGAGCGGAGGAUUAGAUCAGCAGCUGAAAAUGCACGAUUUAAACACGGACCAAGAAAACCUUGUUGGUGCCCAUGAUGCUCCUAUCAGGUGUGUUGAGUAUUGCCCAGAAGUCAAUGUCAUGGUGACUGGAAGCUGGGAUCAAACAGUCAAACUGUGGGAUCCCAGAACUCCUUGUAACGCAGGAACCUUCUCUCAGCCUGAAAAGGUCUACACGCUUUCAGUGUCUGGAGAUAGACUAAUUGUGGGGACGGCGGGUCGGAGAGUGCUGGUGUGGGAUUUACGGAACAUGGGUUACGUUCAGCAGCGAAGAGAAUCGAGUCUGAAAUACCAGACCCGCUGUAUCAGAGCGUUUCCAAACAAACAGGGUUAUGUUUUAAGUUCUAUUGAAGGUCGUGUUGCGGUGGAAUACUUGGAUCCAAGUCCCGAAAUCCAGAAGAAGAAAUACGCGUUCAAAUGUCACCGUUUGAAGGAAAAUAACAUUGAGCAGAUUUAUCCAGUUAAUGCUAUUUCUUUCCAUAACGUCCACAACACGUUUGCUACAGGAGGUUCCGAUGGCUUUGUAAAUAUCUGGGAUCCGUUUAACAAAAAGCGGCUGUGUCAGUUCCACCGGUACCCCACGAGCAUCGCCUCGCUUGCCUUCAGCAAUGAUGGAACUACCCUUGCAAUAGCUUCUUCGUAUAUGUAUGAGAUGGAUGACAUUGAACAUCCCGAAGAUGGUAUCUAUAUUCGCCAAGUGACAGAUGCAGAAACAAAACCGAAGUGA